AUGGCGGCACUAGGCACCUCCUCGACGUCUCCCCUCAACCUGUCUCCCACAUCCCUGUCCCCGCCAGGACCGCCGCCGACCCCGCCCCCGACCUCGAACGCACUCUCGAAGUCGCCCGUGGAGUCGAAGGAGAGCUCCCCGAGCCCAGUGCCUCACUCUGCCUGCCUCGAGAACUCAUUGCCCCUCGCCGUGUUUUAUGGGCCUCUGGACGCUAAAAACCCACUCCUGGCCUCCUGCGAGAGGGAAAUUCGGGAUUUACUAGGCUUUAUGAAGAGAAAGAAGGCGUUGGCGAUAACGGAGGAACAGAAGCAUGAAUUCCACCGGCUUUGUGCCACCUCUUUGUUUAAUAUCUGGACCAAAUAUGCCCCCCGGCUGCCAGCUGCCUAUUACAAUGAAAAGCUUCUGAAGGUUGGCGAUAGCCUUUGUGAAAUGAAAGAAUAUAAAUUGGCGCUUUUACAGUGCUAUGGAAGGUAUCUUCAGCAGUUCACUAUCAACUUUGAUGAGAAUAAAGCAGACGUGAAUCAGUUCAAAACUGCCUUUUUCCCAAAAGGCGUUGGAGACAAAACUGCAGCACAUACAUUUCACGCUUUAAGUGGCAAAAAUAUUUGCAGGUAUGAGCUGGUCUGUGACAAUGAUGUGAACCUGAAGAAUAAAGACUCUGUGAGCCAGUGUCUGCAUAUUUUGUCCUCCUUAAGACUUAUCAUGCAGGUGGCUUUGCCACAGGAACACCUUUGCUGGAUUAUCUUUAAUGGUACCAUUUACAUUUAUACCAUUUGCAGAAAACUGAUGAUCAUAGGUCAGUCUUCCAAGGCCUUGGAGUACCUCCUGUGGGCCAGCUCGUGUAUGGAGUUCUCGGUCCCCCUCCUGUCGGUCAGGUACUUGACGUGGAGAGCUACCCUUUACACCGCUGUCUGCCAGGGCUACUAUGACUGCCAGGCUGGCAUUCACGGAGAGGCAUUUGCUCGGCGUGCUUUAGCUAAAAUUGAUGAGUUAAGGCAACUGGAAUUAAUGAGUUCCUCACAAUCACAGGAAGAAUCCAGAAGACAUUAUAGAGAGGCCACAAUAAAGAUGGCAGUGAUGAUCUUCAAAAGAGGAGUAUUUGAAUCUAGAAGAAAAAACAAAAGUUUCUUUAGACCAAAGAUAAGAGUUAACCUGAGGGAAGCUCAAACUUUGCCGUGGCCACGUACCAUCACAGAGCGGCUGUUGGAUGAGAUGUUUGACAGCACCGCAUCCCGGUUUCUGGCUGUCUUAGAAGCUCUUUCUGAUUCAAACAGGCGCACACUACAAACUGGACCUAUUGUUACAGAUGAAGUAGAAGUUCGUGAUGUUGUCUCAGAAUUGUUUAUGGCAGGAAAAGAACUUUUAAUAAUGUCAAAUACUGGUGCAGAUGGAAUGCUUGAUUUUCCACAAACAUCUCUUUUGCAACUUACUGUAAAAGGAAAAAAUGUUAUUUCUAUAGAUGCCGCUGUGAAAUUUGUAAAGUUAGCUUUUACUUAUGAGGAAUGGAGUUUAUUUGAAUCUUUAGCUGGGCAGCUUAUUGAUUUUCUCCAGAGGCAGGAUGAUCCAGAGUCAAAGAAAGCAGAAAAGGAUUUAAUUCUUCUUGUUGCAAUAGAACCUUUAAUCAACGUAAAGAGAAUCAAAGGUUUGGUCUUUCCCAUGGAAAAUUACAAAGAAGGACAAUCAGCUGAAAUUUAUGUUAAGAAAAUUGCUUUUAAUGAUUCUUGUUUGAAGACUUAUGGAUAUUCAGAAGACAUUUUCCAUUUGGCAGCAACCUUGUACUCUUGUGUCUGUGCUUCUCCCCAGAAUGUUCAGCCUGAUAAAGAAAUCGUUGUGGACAUGAUAAUAUUCCUAUGGCAGAAAUGCAAAUUAGGAAUUCAGAGGAUCAAUAUGCCCAGAAAUGACUAUGCAAAAUUCACCCAGAAAAUCAGUACUAAUAAAUGGGUUUAUCUUCUGUGGCAGAUAAAUGAAGUAAUUCACUGCUAUAAAAUGGAAGACAUUGAUGUUGUGGUGGUAGCAGAGGUCACGUUGCGAUUAAGUGAAAUAUUGGAGUUAUUAGGAAACCCACGAAGAAAAUUUAAAAAAUCUCUAGGUAAUACAAUGAAUGAAAAAAAGAAACCUGUGGAACAGUUAUUUUUGGCUUAUGAACUUCUUGACAAAGCAAUCGAUGGAAUAAAUUUGAAUUGCAUGUUAACUACUUUGCCAAAUGGAUCAUCAGUGAUUGACCAUUGCUAUGCCAAGAUACCAGCUGAUGGUAAAAGCAUUUUUGAAGUGAAAGGUUUAGAAACCAAUGAAAAAUAUGUCUUUGCAAUUGCUGCUUAUUCUUCUAAUGGGAAGCUUAUUGGUGAUGCUGUUGGAGAGACAACUAAACCAAUUCUGGUUUAUCCACCUCUUUCUGCUGUUACUGCUCGGAUGUUCUUGACGCAGAUUACUAGACUAAUUGAAUGUGAGAGAGUAUUAGUGGCAUUGGAACUUAGCAACUACCUAAAUGAUUCCAGUUAUGCCCUUCAAGCUGUGACUCAAUGUUAUGGCCUUCUUGCUCCUAUAAUCUACCACAAUAUUGUUUUGGUACCUGUCAUACAGAAAGUUUUUAUCGUCAUCAUUGUCAUCAUUAUGAUCAUCAUCAACUCAGAUUUUGAGAACCAAGAAGAUGUGACUGAACUCAUGCACAGCAUAAAGAUUUUUAAUUCACCAUUGAGAAAACUAACCAGGGGACUUAAGUAA